AUGCCUGCCUUCAUGCAGUGUAACCCGCUCGUCCACCUUCUUUUUCUCCUAUCUGUACCAAUACAUCAUGCCUUUGCUAUCGGAAUCGAGUUCACUACGCCUGCAGGCGGCGCUACAUGGCCCGCUGGCCCUAUCACGAUCAACUGGACCGAUGCGGGCGGCGACCCAAAUAUGGCCGACCUCACGACAUACACACUGCAAUUGAUGGUGGGAGGGAAUUCGCCGGAUAAUUCAAAAGCUUUGCAGACGGUCGGGAAGGAGAAUGCGAUGGUGUCGGAUAAAGGCGUGGAAGAUGAUAUACAGGCGGACCUGGCGCAGAGUAUCCAAAAUGGAUUCUACCUCAUGAUGACCUCGAACACCAGCCAGGGGAAUCAGGUCAUCAACUAUUCCAACCGCUUCACCCUCAUACAAAUGAACGGCACGACGGAAGAAGCGUAUCUAUCUGGAGCGAACAAGGAGGCUGGGGCCGUGUCAAACGUCCCAGAAGCACAGUAUAAUGUCAUAUCACAACCUACGGCCUCAGCUACCUCAUCCUCGACACCCUCUGCAACAUCAUCAUCCACCGCAAGCACAGUCACAAGCACUGCUUCAGCGUCACCCUCGGCUACGGAUCACCCUCACAGCGGUAAAUCGAAUGGGGAAACGGCUGCCAUCAUCACUGGCUGCAUCUUUGCAGUGAUCGGUCUCGUCAGUAUAUUCAUCUGGGCCGUCUUCUUCAUCCGCCGUGCCCGCCGAAAACGAGCAGAGCGGAGUGCCAUCGAACGAGAGGCAGCAUUAAACGACUCGACUUCCGAUCUCGGCAAGCUGGCCUUUGUCGACGGUAAAGCAGAGCUGCCGGCUCACAGCGCAUCGAGUUCAAGCUCCACGUUCCCGCGAGAACUCACCCCGACAACCGAACGAUAUGAAAUGCAUGGGUUCGACAAAAGGGCGGAGGCGCCGUCUGAAAUGGUGUUUGAGUUGGAGGGCGACAUUGGACUUUAUGAGGCGGGCUCGGGUAGGAAAAGCAAGGCUUAUGAUCCAACCUUGUAG